UACUACACACAGAUGUACUACAUAUAUACGACAUAAUAUUUAAUGAGCCGUUAAAAGACUCGAGGACAUACUUGAUUCAGAAAAAUACAGCAAUGGCAGAAACAACAAAAGAAAAAGCAGCUAGGAGAUGGAGCAGAGAUGAACCUCCAUUGAUGUCUUCCUCCAGUGGUCCACUGACUGAGGAUCUUCUGUGCUCUAUAUGUCUGGAGGUGUUCACUGAUCCGGUCAGCACUCCAUGUGGACACAACUUCUGCAAGAGCUGUCUGAAUACAUUCUGGAACAACAGCCAGACCUGCAGCUGUCCAUACUGUAAAGAAGCAUUCACACAAAGACCUGAUCUCAAGAUUAACACCACACUCAGAGAGAUCUCAGAGCACUAUAAAGAGAAAAGUCCUGAGGAAAAGGCUGAAGUUGUGUGUGACGUCUGUGAGGACAGAAAGCUGAACGCCCUGAAGUCGUGUCUGGUGUGUCAGAUUUCUUACUGUCAAACUCACCUGGAGCCUCAUUUGAGAGUGGCAGGUUUGAAGAAACACAAACUGAUGGAUCCUGUGAGGAAUCUGGAGGACUAUAUAUGUCAGAAACAUGACAGACCUCUGGAGCUCUUCUGUAGAGAUGAUCAGACGUGUGUGUGUCAGAUGUGUGAAGUGACAGACCACAAAAACCACAAAACUGUCUCAAUAGAAGAGGAGAGUAAAGAGAAAAAGACUGAACUGAUGAAAACACAGACAGAUGUGCAGCAGAUGAUCCAGGACAGAAUCAAGAAGAUUCAAGAAGUCAAACACUCAGCAGGAGACAGAAAAAUAAACUCAGAGAAGGAGAAAGCAGCUCAUGUGGAGAUCUUCACUGAUCUGAUCCGCUCCAUUGAGAGAUGUCAGACUGAACUGCUGGAGAUGAUGGAGGAGCAGCAGAAAGCAGCAGAGAAACAGGAGAAAAUGCUGAUUGAAGAGCUGGAGAAGGAGAUCACUGAGCUAAAGAUGAGAAACACUGAGCUGGAGCAGCUCUCACACACUGAAGAUCACCUCCACCUCCUACAGAUUUACUCAUCCCUGCACAGACCUACAGACACCAGGGACUGGCCUGAGAUCAGUCUGAAGACUCAGGAGAAUCUGGAGACACUGAGAAGAGCUUUCAGUAAACUGAAGGACACCAUAGUGGAAAAACUCACACAAACUGAGCUGAAGUGGAUGCAGCAGUAUGCAGUGGAUGUGACUCUGGAUCCUGAUACAGCUCAUCUAUACCUCAUCCUGUCUGAAGAUGGAAAACAAGUGACAUGUGGAAAAAUUAGACAGAAAGUCCCAGACAAACCACAGAGAUUUGAUAGAUAUUUAAAUGUCCUGGGAAAGGAGGGAUUCUCCUCAGGGAGAUUUUAUUUUGAGGUUCAGGUGAAGGAAAUGACUGACUGGGAUUUAGGAGUGGCCAAAGAAUCUGUAGCCAGGAAGGAAGAAAUCUGUCUGACUCCCAGUAAUGGACUCUGGGCUGUGAUUAUGAGGAAUGGGAAUGAAUAUAGUGCCUGUGCUAGUUCUUCUGUCUCUUUGUCUCUGAAAGUGAAGCCGCAGCAGGUCGGUGUGUUUGUGGAUUAUGAGGAGGGUUUGGUCUCCUUUUAUGAUGUGGAGUCCAGCUCUCAUAUCUACUCUUUCACUGGUCAGACUUUCACUGAUAAACUCUAUCCAUAUUUUAGCCCAUGUGUUAAUAAUGUAGGUAAAAACUCAGCACCAUUGAUCAUCACACCUGUCAAAUAUAAUAAAUGAAUUUACACCACUAAUGAAA